AUGGGCAUUGUAGGCCCGUUAUCUUCAUCUGAUGGUUACAGCUACUUAUUAACAAUGAUCGAGAGAUUUUCAAGAUGGCCAGAAGCCAUACCGAUUGCGGACAUGCAAGCCAAAACCAUCUGUCGUGCAAUUUUCCACACUUGGAUAUCUCGAUUCGGAUGCCCUUCAAUAAUUACAACAAAUCAAGGUUCUCAGAUGCGAUCAUCUUUAUAUCGUGAGUUUUCCGGAAUGAAAACUCACCAUGAAAACUCACAGUGGACUGAAGUACUUCCAGUAGUCCUUUUAGGAAUCCGUACUGCAGUAAAGGAGGAUAUCAACGCAUCGUGUGCCGAACUGGUAUACGGAACAACUCUUCAACUUCCAAGCGACAUGAUAGAAACAUCUAUCAUUCCAACAUGUGAUGACAUUUUUGUUGAUCGUCUUAAGGCCUGGUUUCUUAGGAAACGUCGGCGUCAGCUUGAAACGAACGUUUACCUCUGA